CAGAAAAGGGGGUAUGUGAGGGGAAGAAUGAGUUGAAACCCUAGAGCGAGAAAGAGAGAGAACCAUGAGACGCAGUCUGCUGAGAAGUGUCACUCUGUACACUCGUAACCUUCUUCACUCUGCCCCCGCCGCUUCAACUCGUCCACCACCCAGGCUCUUCUCCUCCGAUCAAAAUCCGCCACCCGUUCCCAAACCCCCCGAAGACAUCAACAACAAAGAGCUGAAAACGCGCAUCGAGAGCUACCUGAAGGGCGACGAGCAAGUGCUGCCGUCGAUAAUGGAGGCGAUUCUGCAGCGGAAGCUGUCGGGGAAGCACGAGGAGACCGACGACGAGCUGAUGGAUGAGCUCCGCAUGGGCCCCAUCGACGACGUCGACGACAGGGACUUCGAGUCCGAUUUCGAGGACCUCCACGACACCGACGAGGAGAUCGACGAUUUGUACAACGCAAGGGACGUGGUCAUGAAGCGGAUGGUGCAGGACGAGUACUUCAACAUGGACGAUAAGAAAUGGGAUGACAUUGUUGAGGACAGCAUCAAGCACGGUUAUCUCAGGGACACCAAGGAGUGCGAGGAGAUUCUUCAGGAUAUGCUCAGCUGGGACAAACUCCUCCCUGAUGAGAUAAAACAAAAGGUGGAAAUAAAAUUUAAUGAGCUAGGAGACAUGUGUGAAAGAGGGGAACUUGAACCUGAAGAAGCCUAUGAACAGUUUAAGAAGUUUGAGGAUGAGAUGGUAGCGGAAUACAUGAAGAUAAUGGAAAAAGAGGAGGUCCCACAGUUUGGUGAUAUUGCUGUGCCCGAUAAGAAAAAAGAUUUAGAUGACCCACCGGGUGAAGGUCCAAUUCUGCGGUGGCAAACUCGUGUAGUCUUUGCUCCUGGUGGUGAUGCUUGGCAUCCGAAAAACAGGAAAGUGAAACUGUCUGUUACUGUGAAGGAGCUUGGGCUUUCAAAAUACCAAUUUCGCCGACUCAGAGAAUUGGUUGGAAAACGUUAUCAUCCAGGGAGAGAUGAGCUUACAAUAACUAGUGAGAGGUUUGAACAUCGGGAAGAAAACAGGAAGGACUGCUUAAGGACACUUCUUUCUCUCAUUGAGGAGGCAGGGAAAGCCAAUAAACUAGUAGAUGAUGCGCGGUCCUCAUAUGUAAAGGAGAGGCUCCGAGCCAAUCCAGCUUUCAUGGAGAGGCUGCAUGCCAAGUCCCUGAGGUUGCGAGAAUCUAAUCAGGUUCCUGCUUGAGGUUUUCAGGUCUGAUGUAUGAAUUUUUGAACAUUCACCUGCCAUAAUUUGUCAUUGGUCCCAGAUUUUAGUUUCUUUCAUGAUUAUUAACUUUAUUUUAUUUUUUAUUUUUUGUAUUUUCGAGUCCUAUCAUGGGUUCCAGUUGCGUAAAUAACCUCUCUGCUUAGGGUAAGGCUGCAUACAUCUGAUCCUUCCUAGACCCACAACGGUAGGAGACAUAUGCCCAGGGCUGACCUCUUAGUCAUAUAUUUUGUAUUUAGUGCGUGGAUCACUGAUAAUUUUUUGCUUCUAUCAGAUAUUGUAUGCUAGUUGACUCAAAUGUUACUUUUUUGUGGUGUAACAUUGAUCAUAGAAAAGGCUGGAUGACCUAAAACCGAAGCAAGGAAUUUCAACAUUUUAUAUCAUAACCACAUUUACAUU